CCAAAGAUCCAAACUUUUUUUUCCCCUGAAUGAAUCUGAAAUCUGAAAUUUCGAAACCCAAAACGCUUCAGCGCCAUUUCUUCAAGGUUUAUUCGAAUUCCCUAAAAAAUGGCGCUUUUACUCCACCUUUUUCAUCACCCCUUCUCCCCCCAGUCCUUCAACCAAAUCUUCCUCUCUCUCUCUCUCUCUCUCUCUCUCUCUCUCUCUCUCUCUCUCGAGAAUGGCGGAGAAGGAGAUUUCCGGGAGGAUGACAAGAGCAGCAGCGAAGAGAAAGGCGACUAUGGCGGCUGCGAAGGACGACGAGCGAGCGAGCAAGAAGAGAGUAGUGCUCGGAGAGCUUCCGAACAUGUCGAAUGUCCCUGUUCCUGUGAAUCCCAAACCGACCCAGAAGCCAAAAAGGGAUCUUAGGGCAUAUGCGAAGCAGAGGAAGACCGCUUCGGUCUCCGACACGGCUAAGGAUUCGACGGCCGCCGUCGAAUCGAGCGUCGACAUUGAUGCCCGAACUGAUGAUCCGCAGAUGUGUGGCCCUUAUGUCUCCGACAUCUAUGAGUAUCUUCGUCAGUUGGAGGUGAAUCCAAAGCAGCGACCUUUGCCUAAUUACAUCGAGAAAGUUCAGAAAGAAGUGAAUUCCAACAUGAGAGGGGUAUUGGUGGAUUGGUUGGUCGAAGUGUCUGAAGAAUACAAACUCGUGUCCCAUACUCUGUAUCUCACUGUCUCCUACAUAGAUCGAUUCUUAUCUUUGAAGAGUGUUGCCAGGCAGAAGCUUCAGCUUCUUGGAGUCUCUUCAAUGCUUAUUGCCUCUAGGAAAUAUGAAGAGAUAAGCCCUCAGAAUGUUGAGGAUUUCUGUUACAUCACUGACAAUACGUAUACGAAACAAGAAGUGGUGGAGAUGGAAGCCGAGAUACUUCUCGCUCUGCAUUUUGAACUGGGAAGCCCCACAAUUCAGACAUUUCUAAGGCGGUUUGCAAGGAUUGCCCAAGAAGAUAUCAUCAAUGUGUCGCAUUUGCAGUUAGAGUUUCUCUGCAGCUAUCUUUCGGAGUUAAGUUUGCUGGACUAUAAAUGUGUGAAGUUCCUCCCGUCUAUGGUGGCCGCUUCAGCUAUCUUUCUUGCCCGGUUCAUCAUGCGUCCAAAACAACAUCCAUGGAAUCCUAUGUUACAAGAGUACACGAAGUACAAACCGGCUGAUCUUAAAGAAUGCGUCGGUAUCAUACAUGACUUGUAUCUGAGCAGAAGAGGAGGUGCCCUACAAGCAGUGAGGGCAAAAUAUAAGCAGCAUAGGUUCAAGUGUGUGGCGACAUUGCCGGUCUCCCCGGAGUUGCCUCUGCUCUUUUUCGAGGAUGUUAUGAUUUGAACUUUGGCGUAAUGAUUAAGAAGUUUUGUUUUCUCUGACAUCAUCGAAGAAACUGACGUUGGCAUUGGAUAAAAGAAUUGAAGGAGGCUUCAUCAAAGAAAUGAGUUACUUCUUGAGAGUGUACAGGCAGUGGAACUUAGGAUUAAUGAUCUCAAACUUGUGUUCAUGGUUUUUUCUGUUUAUUUUGAUGUAGCCUUUGAAAGGGCUGAUAUUAGGUUUGAUUGAUUUGUUCAAUGGUUCUUUUGAUGCAAAAAAAAAAAAUUCCAGAUUGGAAUCUUUUAUGCAAUGAAGGGUACUACAAGCUUUGAUUCUUAA